UUAUCUUUUACUCUCUCCUUGAUUACUGUUUCACUUAUUUCCCUUUUCCGUGUUUGAAUCUUCUCUUUAUUUAGAAGAUCCUCUAGUUUGCAUAUAUUUUUUUAAAAGAAAAAUAGUGUUUUGUUAUCUCUUUCACUCUCACUCUGAACUGAUUUCACCAAUUUGAUAUUUUAACAGAUCCUUAUUGAAAUCUUAGCAAUUCUUUUAAAAGUGAGAAUAUUGACUUCAAUGGGGAUUGGAUAAUUGGACGUCCGUUUAUAUAUAUAUAUAUAUAUGUAAUUCUUCCACUUACAAUUCGCUUUGCUUGUUCUUCCUCAACAAUUCUGGCUCAGUCUUCGCUUCCAAGCAAUGGCGUCCGAUCUUGAUCAACCUACGGAAAGAAAGACAUCUGGUGAGAUUGGGAGCUCAAGAGAGCCUCUUCUUAAUGGGGUUCAUCACUCUGAAAAUUAUUCCGUCUAUGCUGUAAUUGUCCCAUUUCUCUUUCCAGCUUUGGGAGGGCUACUAUAUGGCUAUGACAUCGGUGCCACAUCUUGUGCUACAAUUGUCAUUGAGUCCGCUACACUAAGUGGAGUAUCAUGGUAUGAUUUGUCUUCAGUUGAAAUUGGUCUUGUGACUAGUGGAUCAUUAUAUGGUGCGCUGAUUGGCUCCGUGUUGGCCUUCAAUGUUGCUGACUUCUUAGGAAGAAGAAGGGAGUUGAUUGUGGCUGCGUUGCUGUAUUUUGUUGGAGCUCUUAUAGAAGCAUUUGCUCCUGACUUUGCUGUUUUGGUGAUUGGAAGAUUUGUAUAUGGUCUAGGAAUUGGACUGGCGAUGCAUGCGGCUCCUAUGUACAUUGCAGAGACAGCUCCAACUCCAAUACGUGGUCGAUUAAUCUCACUGAAAGAGUUUUUCAUAGUACUUGGGAUGGUUGCGGGGUAUGGAGUAGGUAGCCUUUUGGUUGACACUGUUGCAGGGUGGCGCUAUAUGUUUGGAAUUAGUAGUCCUUUGGCAAUAAUUAUGGGAAUUGGAAUGUGGUGUCUUCCAUCAUCUCCUAGAUGGAUCCUCUUACGUUGUAUACAGGGAAAAGGGAAUGCCCAGAGUUUGAAAGAUACUGCAAUUUCUUGUUUGUGUCAACUUCGGGGUCCAGCUAUUGGUGAUUCAGCUCUUCAGCAAGUGGAUGAGAUUCUGGCAGAGCUUUCUUGUCUCGGUGAAGAAAAAGAAGUUACUAUUGGAGAAAUGUUCCGAGGAAAAUAUUUGAAAGCCCUUACAAUUGGUGUGGGAUUGGUCUUGUUUCAACAGAUCACAGGACAACCAAGUGUGCUGUACUAUGCUGCAACAAUCCUCAAGAGUGCAGGAUUCUCUGCAGCAUCAGAUGCAACUCGUGUGUCAAUUCUCCUUGGUGUAUUGAAGUUGAUUAUGACAGGAGUUGCUGUUGUCGUUGUUGAUAGAGUUGGAAGGAGACCUCUACUAUUUGUAGGAGUUACGGGAAUAAUUGUCUCUUUAUUCCUUCUGGGUUCAUAUUACACGUUCUUGAAUGACGCAUCAGCUGUUGCUGUAGUUGGUCUGCUGUUGUACGUCAGCGCUUAUCAGGUCUCCUUUGGUCCAAUUGGAUGGCUCAUGAUAUCAGAGGUUUUCCCCUUGCGACUAAGAGGACGAGGACUAAGUUUAGCAGUACUCGUUAAUUUUGGUGCUAAUGCCUUAGUGACAUUUGCUUUCUCCCCACUGAAGGCAUUGGUGGGAGCAGGAGUUUUGUUCUACAUAUUUGGUGGAAUAGCUGUGGUAUCACUUGUAUUCAUUUUCUUUGUUGUGCCAGAAACCAAGGGGCUUACCCUGGAAGAGAUUGAAGCCAAAUGCCUCUAAGGUCUGUCAUUUUGACCUCUUAUGAAUACAUGACUAGGAAAUUCAAUGAAAUUAUAGAGAGAGAGAGAGAGGGAUAGAGAGCUGUGGGACCUACAUGUUAUGUGCGUUGCAUCACUAUCUCUAUCUCAGUUUAGUGGCUUCUCCAGUAAUGUGAAGGGGAUCCAUGCUUUUUAUGCUCUGAUAGGAUAUCUGAUCAUGGUACUGUUAAACCUGUGAUGUUUGAAAUCAUAUCUCUGUGAGUACUGAGUAGUAAUAUGCAUAAUUUCAGAAACAUAGCAGAUAAUAUACUUAUUGAGUUGGAUUGCUCUUUCAUUGUCUGUUAUGUAUGGGAGGGACCACCCAAAUCAAUAGACAUUAUUGUUGGUCUUAAAUUGUAAUGUACUUCCUGUAUCCAUCUUCUCAGUGUUUUGAAGCAGCUUA